AUGGCAAACACCGCUCAGUGCUUCUAUUGCUUUGAAAGCCUUUGGGCCUCGUUUGAAGAUCGCGAGCCCCCUUCCUUGGCUACCAUAGAAACCCUUAGGGGGCAGCAUGAGCAAUCUAAGAAGCUCUCGUAUCUUGGAGAUCAGAACCUGGAUGAGGAGCAAGAGGACGCAGAUGUUGACGCAGGGCUAGCUCAGUCUGUAAAUGACUUUGACGCCGAUGCCGAUGCCAUACGGUCCUCCCGAACUUCUAAUAGGCCCCAUGGCCUGAAACUACCCAGCAUCAGCCGGCUACAGAGUCAGGUAUCAUCGUCGGACUCGUCCAGCACAGCCACGACGCCUUCCUGCGCAUCCAACACUUCAUCGAACUCGCUGUUGUCUAGUAGCACGACUGCCACGACCCCGAGUGCACAAUCAGAGGGGACAAGCUCAAGGGCCAAAUCAAGCGAGCAGCGAUAUCCGCUGUUCGUGACAUGGAAUACCGUUUCUCACGGCCACAAGUCUUUGCGUGGGUGCAUAGGCACAUUCGAAGCACAGGACCUCGCAGCGGGACUGAAGUCCUACGCUUUGACUUCGGCUUUUGACGAUACUCGCUUCUCCCCGAUUCCCCAGUCUCUCCUCCCUUCGCUCUCAUGCUCCCUGACUCUCCUGGGAUCAUUUGAGCCGUGUGCCAACGCUAUGGACUGGACGCUCGGCACCCAUGGCAUCCGCAUAUCCUUCAUUCACCGUGGCCGUCGAUACGGUGCCACAUAUCUACCCGACGUCGCCGUGGAACAAGGCUGGUCGAAAGAGGAGACCGUCGAGAGUCUAAUGCGCAAGGCAGGCUGGGACGGCGGCGCAGGUGGAGUUGCUCGGCGUUUAUUGCGCACUGGGGCGAGCGCAAGUGGCACCAAGCCUUGGGAUCAAGUGUCUGACUUCCGCACAGUCCGGUACCAGGGCCUCAAGGCGAGCGCAAGUUAUGAGGAGUGGCAGGAAUGGCGGAACUGGGUGCUUUCGCUAGACGAUGGACGGGAGAUUUUGGAUUCGGUCUGA